AUAUUGAGCAUAAAUCAAGAGAUCCCUCUGAGGGCGUUUUGAGUUCUAAGUUCUGGGUUCUUCACUUUGUUUUGGUUUUUACAAUGGAGGGAGAGAGGAGGUACAUUUCAAGCGAUGAGCUCAGGAAACAUAACAAAGCCGGAGAUCUUUGGAUCUCUAUCCAGGGAAAGGUCUACGACGUAACGGAUUGGGUUAAAAAUCACCCGGGCGGUGACACUCCACUCCUGAAUUUCGCCGGUCAGGACGUCACAGAUGCUUUCGUCGCUUAUCAUCCGGGUACUGCAUGGAAACUUCUCGAUCGCUUCUUUAUUGGGUACUUGGAGGACUACCAUGUCUCCGAGGUCUCCAAGGAUUACAGGAAACUUGUUUCCGAUUUCACUAAAAUGGGUUUGUUUGAGAAGAAAGGUCAUGGUGUCUUCUUCUCCCUCUGUUUCGUGGCAAUGAUUUUUGCUUCUUCCGUCUGCGGUGUUCUGCUUUCUAACAAUGUCUGGGUUCAUCUGGCCUGCGGUGGGGUGAUGGGUUUUUUCUGGGUUCAGAGUGGAUGGCUUGGGCACGAUUCUGCGCAUUACCAGACCAUGCUAAGUCCUAGGCUCAACCGGUUCGCACAGGUUCUUAUAGGAAAUUGCCUCACAGGGUUCAGCAUGGGGUGGUGGAAAUGGAUUCACAAUGGUCAUCACAUUGCCUGUAACAGUCUGGAUUUCGACCCAGAUCUUCAACAUAUUCCCCUGUUCGCGGUAUCCUCGAAAUUCUUCAAUUCACUCACAUCUUACUUUUAUGGGAGGAAAAUGAGUUUCGAUUCUGUUGCUCGAUUUCUGGUGAGUUACCAGCAUUGGACUUUCUACCCUGUUAUGUGCAUUGCUCGGAUUAAUCUAUUUGCACAGGCGUUUCUGUUUCUGCUCUCCAAGAGAAGGGUCCCCAGAAGAGGUCAGGAGAUUGUGGGGAUCCUCAUCUUCUGGACUUGGUUCCCCUUGCUUGUUUCCUGCCUGCCCAACUGGGGUGAGAGGGUAAUGUUCAUACUUGCGAGCCUUGCUGUUACUGGAAUUCAACAUGUUCAGUUCUGCCUGAGUCAUUUCUCGUCGGCCGUUUAUCUGGGGCCGCCCAGCGGGAAUGACUGGUUUGAAAAACAAACGAAAGGCACACUUGAUAUUGAGUGCCCAUCCUGGAUGGACUGGUUUCAUGGAGGAUUGGAGUUUCAGAUUGAGCACCAUUUGUUCCCUCGGUUGCCUCGGUGCCAUUUCAGGAAGGUCUCCCCACUGGUGAAGGAUCUGUGCAAGAAGCACAACUUGCCUUACACAAGCCUGACAUUCUGGGAAGCUAACAGGAGAACAAUCGGGACUCUUAGGACUGCGGCAUUGCAGGCACGGGAUCUCACCAACCCAGUUCCCAAGAAUUUGAUUUGGGAAGCAGUUAACACUCAUGGCUGAUGCUUAGUCUGAGCCGCUGAGGCGUACAUUAUUGUGCAGUUAUAUAGCUUUCCAGAAAAAAAAAAAUGUUGAAAAAAAAAAAUCUGCCUUUGUAGUUGUCUGUUCCUACCAACUUUAUCAAAAGUGAACUCUAAAAAUUUUACUCUUAA